GUUUUGGCCAAUACGACCAAUGCUUUGCUUUAUUAUAAAUACAACAAUCGGAAUAAUGUACUCUAAAUGUGAUCCAAAAGAAAAUUAUACCUUUACCAGUUCAUAAAAUGCACAAUGUGUUAAUUAUAUAAUAUUGUUAAUUUAUUGCGAUCAAACACCAUGUAAUCGCAUUUAGUCAUUGGAUGAAAAAAAAAAUGAAAUGAGUUUGAGAGCAAAAAGUCGCACUGUUAUCGCAAUAGCAGAGGCAAUGCGAGUAACAUCCUAUAAAUUGUAUACACCAAUCGCACGAAUUACGAAUGACUAUGCGCAUCAGCAAAUAUCGAUUCAACGACUCUCAACGCAGCAAUCACAGCUUAUAGCUGUAUCAAUCCUUCCUAACCCUCUUAAUAAUUAUUGUCGAUUAGAUCAUAACAACAACAACAACGAGCAGUAUCAAGUCUGCUCUGCAUCGCGCUGCAUCACUCCCGCCAGGUUCGCGCGCGCCCACGCGCCUCCCCUCGCAUUAUAAACAUUUUGAGCUUUGUGUAUAUGCCUGGAAAUUCCAACGCAGUCCCCGUGCAAAAUGCUGUCCCUGAAAUUCCGCAAGAAGCAUGGCAUGACCAACGAGAAAUGGACGACUCGUGAAAAAAUUAGCCAAUACAAGGGAUUGCUGAGGCUUCAUGGUCGCGCUAAAAAUCUCCACGCAAUCAAUGGCGAAAAGUUGAAGAGAAAACAGUCGAAAGCUCUGAAGGAAUUGAAGCACGAUGUUCUCAGCUACCAUCAAAUCGUCAACGACGUCGUGGUCGGUGACAAGAGGCAGAUUCGGGUGGUCUUGCAAGGCGAGAGAGACUUCCGAGUAUCGCUGCAAGAUGCCGAGCCUUGGAAAGCUUGGCAGGCCGUUUUUCAAGAUUACAAUCUGAAGCGUAAACAGCUGGACAAAUUACUGUACUCGAAAAAGAGAAAGGAAAAGGAACUAUGUGAGUUACAGGAACAAUGGGCCUUCAUGAACGACGAGCUCGUGCACGUGGAGGAGGACAACCGAGAAGUAACACCGAGGCAGCAAAAACAGCAGACUCUCGUCGCCCGCUAUCAGUCGACUCUGGCCAAGCGACACGCCGCCAAUUCCAUCAGGCAAACUUACCAAGAAAUCCUCGACCUACUGAAAAAAGACGCCAUGUACUUCGACGGUGUGCUGGGGGCACUGCGCGACGACCAGCGCGACCAGUGCCGGGUCAUCUACCACACGACCCUGAUGGGCCAGCUGGCCGCGGAGAAUCUCGACGACAUCCGCAAGAAGUACUCGCUCAUGACCGGCGACGUGUGGAAGAACAUGCGGGAGCGCGAGCACGAUCUCGAGGAGGUGCGCAAGCGGGCCGAGGAUGUCUGGGCCUACGCCAAAUCGCUCGUUAGGAUUGAGAGCGACACUCAUCUUCUGAGCAAGGAAGAGGAUCCGUCGGAAAAGAUCGAGAGAGAGCUGCAACAGCAGAUCGAGGAACUGCACAAUGUCUUCGGCGUCAUACAGAAACCAUUGCUCGUUUUGUCUCACGAGGAACUGCUGAAAAGAUUGGAGGAUCAGAUCCAUCAGACGGAGCGCUUGAACAAGAUGUACAAAUACGUGUCCCAGGAGAAAGACGAGGUAUUGCAGAAGAAAAAUCACGCCGAGCUGAUUCUGACUCAAUUGGAAUAUUCGGUCAUUCCGACCACGGCCAAGUACAAGAGCGAAAAGAAGAGCUUCAAGGAGAAAAUGGAGGUGGAAAAGCGUCGCGAGCUCGAGAGCAUUCAGUUGUCGCAAAAGAAGGGCGACCUCAUCACGGAAAUCCGUAUGGCCCUGCAGAACUUGGCCUCGCUCUUGAUCUGCUGCAAGGCAAAACCACCAACGAAUCAGAAGGGCCAAAACAAGGGUGCUAUGCUCGCGCAACAAGAUACAGCCCAAGAGUUGGCGGCGGCUCAGCAGCAGACCUGCGAGGAACCCAUCGAGAGUAACGUGAUUAAAUUGCUCGGACUGGUGUCGCGCAAGGCCAACGUCCUCCUGACCAUGACCAACUUCGACGUCGACGAUAACAUGAGAACCCACAUAAUCGGCGUUUACCAAAAGUACCUCGACAAUUAUUACGCGAAUUAUUACCACGGUGGCGAAGAAGAGGAUGAAAUAGGCAUGGCUUUUGAUCCCGAGUCUGUCGAAGUGGGUGUCAUUACCAGAGCUCAAAUCAAGGCUCGAAGCAAACGUAUCAUCUACGAGCAGAGUAAAAAAGAUCAGUGA